UAUAAAUAAGUAAGUAUUGUCACUUUUUUUUCUUUUUUUUGUAACUCUUAAAUUUCUUCUCAGACUCUACCUUUGAUCGAAAAAUAAAUACUAGAUCCUUUAAUCUAGUUCAUAUCAAUGGCGGAUGCUUUUUUCCUCCAUAACCACGAACAAGACCAUGAAUUCUUCACUAGAAACGAUGUAGUCGUCUCUGAAGAUUGUUUCAUUUUCGAUUCCAUACCUUACUGUUUCUCUGAUUCAUCCAUUGAAAUGUCUGGACCUUCUAAUCGAUCCACUUUCACCGACGACAUUGUUGGAUAUCAAAAUAAUCAGUUACGUUGUGUUAUUGAACAAUCUCAUGUUGUUUAUAUGGAUAAUGAAUUAAUUUUGGAUGACUUUGAUGUUAACGAUUCAGUCGUCGUUAACUCGAGUUUAGGGUUAGGGUUACUAGAUGAUCAUGUUUGUGUAUUUGAUGAAGUGGAUAGUCGAUUGUCAAGACCUCAUGAUUCUGAUGGAUUCAACCGCAGAGUCGUUAAUAACGCUUUUGAUUGGCAAAGAGAGGUUAAUGUACUUGAUGAAAGGCAAGUUUCGACUAUGCGAUUGGUUGAUCCUGUCGACGAAUUGUGGUUUUCAGAUUUUACUUUUCCAAGGCCGGACGAAGAAUGGAUUGGAGAACAGAGAUAUUUGAAUUGGAUGGUGUUAUUAAACGAGGUAGAACUUGAAUUAUACAACUUGGAUGAGUCAUUCCAUCAACAUAGAAUUGACUAUAUUGAUGAUAUUGAUAAUCGAACUAGAGAUCAUCAGUAUGAUGAGUCGUUAAUGUCUGACGACAUCGUAGCAGGAAUCCAAAUUCCCAACAUUGGGCGGCCCCCUGCUUCGAACUCUGUUGUUGAGAAGCUUCCUUGGGUGGUGAUUACGAAAGAGGAUGUGGUUAAUGAGAAAGCUGUGUGUGCUGUUUGUACUUUUCAGAUUGAAGCAGGGGAGAAUGCAAAGCAAUUGCCAUGUUCACAUCUUUAUCAUGGCGAUUGUAUCUUCCCUUGGCUUCGAAUUCGAAAUACUUGUCCUGUUUGUCGGUAUGAAUUGCCUACUGAUGAUCCUGCGUACGAGAGGAUGAAGAUGAUGAUCUAG